CGGAAUAUAUCUGUUGGCCGCACGAGUCGUUUCUCUUCACGUCGCCCCUUUGUCGUUGCCACCCAUCUUCCCUAAACCUACCGCAGUCGUCGUAGCUCGUUCCGUCCAAGUCGUCGCAUUCUAAUCUCGUUUUUUUUUUAAAAAAACCCAAUUUCAAGUGCAAUGGACAAGUCUCUCGAUGAUGUUAUCGCUGCUCGCAAGAGCCAACGCCGUCGUCGCCCCUCUGCAAAAGCCCAAGUAUUGGGCAAUCCUGCUGCCCGUGCUGCUGCUGCGAAUGCCACUGUUGCCAAGGCUGCGGCUCCCGCAAGUUCCGCGCAACCUGCGGACAAGAUCAUUGUCUCCAACCUCCCAAGCGACGUCAACGAAGUACAAAUCAAGGAACUCUUCCAUAGCACUAUUGGUCCACUUCGAGAUGGUGUUGCUGCUGUCCAUUUCCAGAGGAAGGGAGACGGCACAAAGGCUUACCAACAGUACAACAAUCGAUUGAUCGAUGGCAAACGACCCAUGAAAAUCGAGAUUGUCAUUGACCCCGCUCGUCCAGCGCCGCAAUCGCUCGCGUCGCGUGUUGCACCUGCCGCUGCUGCCGCCGUCACCACUACUACUCGCGUAGCAAGACCCGCAACGCGCGGUGGACGUCGUGGGCUCAAGACUCGCCGGAAGCCAACUGAACGCCCGCAGAAGUCUGUGGCUGAUUUGGACGCAGAAAUGGAGGAUUACACGGCUGCCAACAGCGCAACACCCGCUGCUGCCGUCUAAGUUGUCGAAUGUUGGGUCCCAUGUGUUGUCUCUUCUCUUGCCUAAGUAGAUACCUGUUCCGUUUCUUUAGUAUGUUGCCUUGGCUCCUUACCGUAGUCCCCCGUGUACUUUAGGCUGCGUCGCGUUUUGAUGUGAUUUUGUGUCUGUCCUGAUUUGAAUACAGCGUAUCGAGAUAAUAAGAUUAUGCUGAUCACUAGU